AUGUCGCAACCAACUCUCACCGCUGACUACGCAUCUCCCAUGAGCGAGCCAUUCAAGGUCUCGCACACGCUACCUGCUAUCUCCUCUACAGCCUCUACGUCCGAUAAAUCGUCAUACCUUCAGGCUCUUCGUGCCUCUAUCGCAGAUACGCAGGCCACCAUCAACCAGGAGCUUACAGCCCGAAUGGAGCAGGACAAGGCGAGGGAUGCGGCGGCAGAGGCUAAGGAAGAGGAGAACUAUGGCGAGGAGGUGCAGGAAGAGGAGGACUAA